UUCACGAGUAAAUCUCCGAAGAAAAAUAAUUCGUAUCAUUGUUAUAAUAAGAAAUUGUAUAUAAAUUAUUUAAGAAAUGUAUGAUAUAGAAAUAUAUUUACUUUGAUUCUUCGUUAAUACUUGAAGGAUAUCCUGAAAGAACUUCGAAGUUUACUCAUCGAGGAACACAAAGGAGAAUUGAACCGAUAACAAUUAAAAAAGAGAGAGUAUCGAUGAAAGCACGUUGGAAUGCGAGUAAAUACUAACUCGCACGAAUCAUCAAAGUUAAUAGAAGGAGAGUGUUUAUGUUUAUAUUGUACAAGGUCAAUAAUUCCGAGAUACAAAUUUUAAAGUAUUGAAAUAUCAAACACACGUGUUUGAUAGAUUUGUAAAAAUAUACGAAAAAUAAAAUACACCAAUGAACGAGGACUCUUUCAUAAACACAGAUUCUGAUUGGUUAACUCUAUAUUUACGUUCUUGAACGCAAAAGAAUGAGAUAGUAGAAAGAAUCCAGAAAUAAAUUAUCAGAUUGGUAGACAUGUUAGAUUUAUUUAACGUAUUUUGUGAACAUCUUAUAAAACGAAAUACAUCUCUAAUUUAAUUAAAAAUUGAAAUAGAUUAAGAAAAAAAAAAAAAGGCGAAGAAGACUGAUAAAGUGAUUUGAUGUAAUGAGUAAUGUUAAUCAUGGAUUCGUUGCUGUACACGUGGGUGCAGGACAUCAUUCCGAUUCAACUAAAGACAAAUAUCAAAAAUUAUGUCGCGAAGCGUGUAGAGCAGGUAUACAAAAUAUUAAAUCCGGUGGUAGUGCAUUAGAUGCAGUGGUUAAUGCUACAAUUGUGUUAGAAGAUUCACCUUUAACAAAUGCUGGAUUUGGUUCUAACCUUACAGUUAAUGGAACAGUAGAAUGUGAUGCUAGUGUUAUGGACGGUACUAAUUUGCAGUUUGGUGCAAUAGGUGCAGUUAGUGGUAUCAAAAAUCCUGUCUUCCUUGCAAAACGUUUAUGCGAACAACAAUCAAAGAAAAUUGGAUAUGGAAGAAUUCCACCAAGUUUUUUGGUUGGACAUGGAGCACAUACAUGGGCACAAGAAAUGGGUAUACAAAUAUUAUCACCUGAACAGUUAAUAUCAAGAAAAGCAGAAAAAAUAUACAAGUAUUACAAAAGACAAGUGGAAAAUAGUGAUGAUGAAGUACAUAAGUAUGCUAAAAGACGAAUGGAUACUGUGGGUGCAAUAUGUGUAGAUAAAAAUGGGAAUAUAGCAUCAGCUUGUUCUAGUGGUGGUAUCAUUCUUAAAUAUCCAGGAAGAGUAGGUCAAGCUGGUGUAUGGGGAUGUGGUACUUGGGCAUGUAAAGAUAAGUAUUCAGUUGGUACAAGUACAUCUGGUUGCGGAGAACAUCUUAUUCGUACUACACUUGCAAGAUCAAUAGCAGAAGCAAUUGUAAAUACAUCCUGUCCAACAACUAGCUUACAUCAAGCUAUGAAAACUAAUUUUAUAGAAUCUAGAUUCUUAGAUGGACUUGAAAAGAAAUUAGGUGGAGUUAUAGCAAUUCGAUAUUCACCGCAAGAAAAACUUGGCGAUUUUCUUUGGAGUUAUUCUACUAAUUCAAUGAUCAUAGGCUACAUGAAUUCUAAUGAACGGACAUCAAUAAGUCAUAUGUCAGUUUUACCUACACGUGAAGUUGGAAAAAAAGCAGUAGUCGAAGGCGUUUGUUUUCGAAUGUAAAAAAAAAUCAAAAUUUUCAUUAGAGCAUAAGGACAUAUUUUAUUGAACAUAAAAUUUAUCUGGUAAAGGAAAAAAAAAAAAUAUGAAAAAACAAAUAUAUGAUAAUUUAUAAUAUUAUAUACGUAAGAAAUUUGUACUAUUGUUUGAAAAUACAUUUUAUAUAUAAAACCGA